GGCGGGGGGGCGGCAGCGGCGGCGGCGGGCGCGGGGCCGGGUCCGACCAUGUCGGGAGAGGAGGAGGCGGCCGAGCUGACCAUCGCCGAGGACCUGGUGGUGACCAAGUACAAGAUGGGGGGGGACAUCGCCAACCGGGUCCUGCGUGCCGUGGUCGAAGAGGCGAAUUCGGGAGCAUCGGUUCUGUGCUUGUGUGAGAAGGGAGACGCCAUGAUCAUGGAGGAGACCGGCAAGAUUUUCAAGAAGGAAAAAGAAAUGAAAAAAGGUAUUGCCUUCCCAACGAGUAUAUCAGUAAAUAACUGUGUCUGUCACUUCUCCCCCUUGAAGAGUGACCAAGACUACAUCCUCAAAGAUGGAGACUUGGUCAAAAUUGACCUGGGAGUCCACGUCGAUGGCUUCAUAGCGAAUGUAGCUCACAGUUUUGUCAUAGAUGCCUCCAAGGAAAGCCCCGUGUCGGGCCGUAAAGCCGAUGUCAUCAAGGCGGCUCAUCUCUGCGCCGAGGCCGCGCUGCGUUUGGUAAAGCCUGGAAACCAGAAUACACAAGUGACAGACGCGUGGAACAAAAUCGCCCACUCGUUUCACUGCACGCCCAUUGAAGGGAUGCUGUCACACCAGCUGAAGCAGCACGUGAUCGAUGGGGAGAAAACAAUCAUCCAGAACCCUACAGACCAGCAAAAGAAGGACCACGAAAAAGCAGAAUUUGAGGUGCACGAAGUUUACGCCGUUGAUGUUCUUGUCAGCAGCGGAGAGGGAAAGGCAAAGGACGCUGGGCAGAGAACUACAAUUUACAAAAGGGACCCCUCCAAACAGUACGGCCUGAAGAUGAAAACCUCCCGUGCCUUUUUCAGCGAGGUGGAGAGGCGCUUUGACACCAUGCCAUUCACUCUCAGGGCGUUUGAAGAUGAGAAGAAGGCCAGGAUGGGGGUGGUGGAAUGCGCCAAACAUGAGCUGCUCCAGCCCUUCAACGUGCUCUACGAAAAGGAAGGAGAGUUUGUUGCACAGUUCAAAUUCACAGUGCUUUUAAUGCCUAACGGUCCUAUGAGGAUAACCAGCGGCCCCUUCGAACCUGAGCUCUACAAGUCGGAGUUUGAGGUGCAAGAUGGAGAGCUGAAGGCCCUUCUACAAAGUUCUGCAAGCCGGAAGACCCAGAAAAAGAAGAAAAAGAAGGCCUCCAAGAAUGCAGAGAAUGCCACCACGGGAGAGACGGCGGAGGAGAACGAGGCCGGAGACUGAGCAGCUCCUGCUGCUCCCCCAGCACCCGGCUCUCACACACACACACAAAACCCCCCAGACAAACAACCAGAAACAAAAUCCAGCGCUGUUUGUCUCUUACAACCAAACGGCAAACGGCCCGAUGUCCCACUGCCUACAAGCAGCUCCUAUUGAUUUUGCCAAGGAGGGAGGAUUCUCUCUGCCACUUCAGACUACUUAAAAAAGAAAGCAGAAAAAAUAAAAUCAGGAGUAAAAGCUAGUCUAUAUCUUUCUAACCUUUUAUACUACUCAUACUUGUUAAAGAGGUGAACAACAAAGCCAUUCCCAGUGAGAGGGAGCGUGCAGAGCUGCCUGCUUUCUUCCUCCUCGUUUUGGUUUUAAAUUUUCCCUUUACAGAUUUUCUUGGAGGAAAAAAAGCUGAUAAUGCCCUCAGAAAAGCGAUCUGUGCUUGUGAUCUGCCCACAGAGCUGGCAGCUCCUCCCGGCCGUGCAGGAUCUCUGUCCGUUACCUCGAGGCAGAGCAUUUCUCACUCUUUUAACCUUUAGAUUGUACGUUUAUCAUUGGGAAAAACAGCAAAUUCGGUGUCCCCGGUGAGACCGUAGGCCGUCCCGUCUCCUGCGCCCUGUCUCUGCCUUGGUUUACCUAUAAACACUCUAUUUUUAAACAGAUUGCUGUGGUGAGCUUGUUUUUAAAUCCAACGCCCGAGGAAGCAGGCGGUGCCCGGCGCCGCUCGGACGGCAGGCAGCUGCUGCGCACCGUGCUGCUGGGCUCGCCUGUUCCAACAUUGGGAGCGGUGGCGAUGCUCCAGCCGCUGGAUGCAGGCUGAGAGUAGCCGGGGGCACCGCUCUCGUACAGCAAGCCUUUUCCGAGGGGAAAAAAAGCCACCAACAGACGUCGAGUUCAGUGCGGUUGGACGCGGACGGCUCUUCCUUUCCUUCGCGGCCGCCCAGCCGCUCACCUGCGGCCCAACUCGGGCGGAGCGCCGCAGGUCCCGCAGGCAGCGCCCCGUGCUGCGGCCCGGACGCAGCCGCCGUCGAGGCGAACGGCGCGACGCCGCGCUCGGCCCCGGGGCGCCUGGGUGUUUUUAAGCAAUAUUCUGUCCGUGCAGAGCUGCUCCCCCCGCGGAUUGUAAACCACUGAGACUUGCUGCAGGUUUAUUUAAUUUCCGAUUUCUACGUGCUGUACCUCUUGAUACAAGAAACAGAAAACCCGCUUAAGAUUUUGAAAAGCGAAAGCUCCCGAGAAGAACUCUGUAACCGACGCUGUUUUCCAAAUAAAGCUGACUCGUGGCACCUCUUUGCACGGAGACGUGGCUCUGCUCAUUGGGGCGGGGGGCUUCGGUGCGCCGCGCCCCGGGCCGGGAAGGGCAGCGCUGUGCAAAAUGGCGGCCGGGCUCGGGACUACAACUCCCGGCAUGCCGCGGGGAGGGGCGACUACGGCUCCCGGCAUGACGUGCGCGGAGAGGGCGCGGCCGCAGGCUCGGCCCUAUAAAUAGGCCGCGGCGGGCGGCACUGUUCCUCUCGGCCGCUGCUGCCGCCAUUUUGACGGCUGCUGGUGGCCGCCGCCAUCCGCUUCCAUCCGCCGCCAGCGGCGCCGCACCGAGACUAAGCGCGGCGCGAGCGCGCCGCCAUGAGGGCCAAGUGGCGCAAGAAGCGAAUGCGCAGGCUGAAGCGCAAGAGGAGGAAGAUGCGACAGAGGUCCAAGUAGUGCUGGGACCGGACCGUGCCGCGCGUGGAGGAGCGAGGAGCCGUCCCAGCGCCGCGGGGCCGUGGUGGGGUCCCGUCCCGCCGCACCGGGCCGGGCUCUGUAGCGCCGCCAAUAAAGUUGGAGAUGUUUUCGGA